AUGGCCACCAUACCAGAUCACCCAUCUCUGGCCCGGAUCCCUCCAGGAUACAGGACAAAGCUGAGCCCCAAAGCAAUCGAUAUCAUUGCGAGAGUAUACGACUGGGUCGAAAAUGAAUGCAUUCCGGCAGAUCACAUUGUCAAGGCUCAACUGGAGAAGAACCGGUGGGCAAUGCCGCCAUACAUCAAAGAGUUGAGAAAGAAGGCAAAAGCAGAAGGAUUGUUCAAUCUCUUCCUACCGAACCACUUCAAAGAAAGCCCCGGACUCACCAUCCUGGAGUACUCAUGCUGCUGUGAAAUUCUUGGGCGAGUUUACUGGGCUCCGAUGACCCUCAACUGCCAUGCUCCAGAUACCGGUAACAUUGAACUUCUGGCCAAGUACUGCACCGAAGAGCAGAAGAAGAAAUGGAUGCAGCCUCUUCUGGACGGAGACUGGUUGUCAGCCUACUCAAUGACCGAGCCUGAUGUUGCGGCUUCCGAUGCGACCAACAUUUCGUGUCGCAUUCGACGUGAAGGAAACGAGUACGUGAUCAACGGCCGGAAGUUGUACGGCAAUUGGAUCGCGAACGAGGACAUCAAGUUCUACAUCCUGAUGGGAUGCUCUGAUCCAGACAAUCCGGAUCCUUGGAAGCGGCACUCGACCGUGAUUGUGCCCAGGGAUACUCCAGGGUUGAAGGCGGUUCGAUACAUGACAAUCAUGGGCUACGACUGUGCUCCCGAGGGCCAUGGUGAGUAUGUGUACGAAAAUGUGAGGAUUCCUGUGGAAAACAUUAUUCUGGGAGAAGGCCGAGCAUUUGAAAUCGCCCAGGGUCGACUUGGUCCAGGGAGAAUCCAUCAUUGCAUGCGUCUGCUAGGACAGGCUGAGCGCGCAUAUGAGCAUGCACUCAUCCGAGCUACGGAUGCGAGAAAGAAGCCCCGGGGCAAACUGAUUGGUGAGUUCGACAGCAACAUCGAACGGCUCGCCGACAUGCGAAUGGAGAUCGACGCUCUUCGCCUGGUUGUUCUGAAUGCUGCAGAGACCAUGGACCUGAUGGGCAAUGUGGCCGGGAGAUAUGCCAUUGCCCAAGCGAAGAUCAUGGUGCCCUUAGGCGUGACCAAGAUCGUUGAUGAGUGCAUGCAAAUGUUCGCUGGGCAAGGUCUGACACAACACACGUUCCUCCCAGAAGCUUGGACAUAUGCCAGAUUCGCUCGGAUCGCCGACGGGCCAGACGCUGCCCACAAGCAUCAAGUCGGCCGAGAUCAGCUGAAGACUGCGGCUGAGGUCAGGUCGAAACAUCUCGGGUACAAGAGGAGAUACCAUGAAUUGGCGAGAGCGUGGGGGGUGCCUGCAACAGAACGGUUUGAGUAUGUCGAGCGGAUUGAGAAAUUGUAG